AUGCGUGAUCUCUUGCUCCCCACCGUCCUCCUGGGCCUCCUUGGAGGAGCUCAAUGCUUCAAUUUCCCCUUCGAGGACCUCGACCUCACGGAAGAGAACUUCCAACGAGGCCAAGGAGGCUACUCCGACAUCUACUUCGGCGACGCCUCCCGUCCCAGGCUCUCUCGAGCCGAGUGCAAGGCCACCCCUGGCACCGCCGAUUGGCCUAGCGACCGCGAGUGGGAGCGUCUCGGCGAAUUCCUCGAGGGCGCCCUGCUCAAGCCCGAACCGCCUACCGCCGUGUGCUACAAGGAUCAUCCUCUGUACGACGAGGCCAAGUGUCGGGAUAUCAGGACCAAUUCCGGCUCGAAUCGGUUCUUUAUCGAUGAUCCGCUGAGCGUGUUGACUGCGUGGCCGCAGGGGAAUACGUGUCCUUUGGAGGUGAAGCCGAAUACUACUUGUACUCAUGGAGGAUUUCCCGAGUAUGUGGUCAAUGUGACGGAGGUUUGGCAGAUUCAGACGGCUGUCAACUUUGCUCGGAACAAGAACAUCCGUCUCGUUAUCAAGAACACCGGCCACGACUUCCUCGGCCGCAGUGUCGGCGCAGGAUCCAUCAGCGUCUGGACUCACUUCCUCAAGCAGUUCGAGUUCCUCCCCGAGUACACUCAGGGCCGAUACAAGGGCCCCGCCGCCCGCGUCGGCGCCGGCCUUGAGUCGUGGGAGAUGUACAACUUCAUGGACGAGCACAACGUCACUUUUGUUACUCCCGGUCGAUACACCGUCGGUGUUUACGGCGGGUGGUUCCAGGGCGGCGGCCACAACGCUCUCUCGUCGUGGUACGGCAUGGGCGCGGAUCAGAUUCUGUCGCUUCAGGUCGUUACGGCUGACGGGCGAUUCGUUACUGCUGAUACUGAAGAGAAUACUGAUUUGUUCUACGCUCUCCGUGGAGGCGGUCCAAGCACUUAUGGUAUCGUAACCUCUGCCAUCGUCAAAGCCCACCCCCGCGUCGUAGUCCGAAACGCCGCUCUCUCCUUCCAAACCAGCAAGGACGUCGACGUCGAGGCUUUCUGGACCGCCGUCAACCUCUACCACUGGUACGGCCAAUACAUCACCGAGGUCGGCGGCACGUCCUACAACUACGUCACCUACACCGGCAAAAACUCGUACACCUUCACCGCCGACAACGAGUUCCCCGACCUCAGCGACGAGGAAAUCAUCUACUUCCUCACGCCGCUCUGGGACUCCCUCCGCGAGGCUGGCAUCCCCGUCAAGAACAUCACCGUCGCGCCGACGUCCAACUGGGCGCCUUCUUCUAACGGCGGUACGGGCGACGCCCCAGGAAGCCAGCGCUUCGCCAGCAGGCUCUUCCCGCGCAAGAACUGGAAGGACGAAGACCUCUUCGUUAAGACCAUGGCCGCCGUGCGUGAGAUCGUCGAGGCGACAUACACCUUCCACGGCAUCUUCAUGAGCCCCACGUCCACCAUCGCGGGCUGGCCAGGCGCAGACAGCGGUUUGAACCCAGCGUUCCGUGAAACGUACAUGCACGCCGACAUCUUUUACACGGGCGACAUCUCCAAGACGGAGCCCUUCAACGCCGUCAUGGACAAGUUGCGGAACGUGACGGCCGAUGGUGGCGCGUACAUCAACGAGUCGGACGUCGAGGAGCCCAAUUGGCAGCAGAGCUACUUUGGGAAUAAGUACGACAGGCUUCUGCAGAUUAAGAAGAGGAGGGAUCCAUGGAAUGUGUUUUGGGCGCCGAGUACGGUGGGGAGCGAGGGAUGGGCUGUGAGGAAGGCGGAGGGGGAUGUGUUUCCUUCACAGAAUGGGCCGCUCUGCAAGGUGAGUGCGGCUGCGGCUGCGGCUGCGGCGUAA